ACUUAUCAUGAGGCGUGUACGAAACUGUAAAUAGCACUGAUAAAAUUAAUUUAACGAAAGCAAAAACAAAUAUGCAAUGUUUUAUCUGUGAGGUUAUAUUAAUGUUUAAUUAUUAUCAGUUGGUCAUGGCGUUAGCUACUAAAGAUAUAUUCGUGAUCGGCGCCAAAAGGACGCCAUUUUGUAAAUUUGGCGGUUCACUGCGAGAGUUGCCAGCUUCUUAUGUAUUUGCGUCGGCGGGCAGAGAGGUUUUAAAAGAAUCCGGACUGAAUCCAAGUUUAGUUGACUGCACAAUAAUAGGAAACGUUAACUUUCUCAGUCAAUGCGAUGGCGGAAAAACUCCCCGGUAUUGCGGUAUUUAUUCUGGGGUAUCGAUUGAUAAACCUGCCUUGGGUGUAAAUAGGACUUGUGGGUCUGGAUUACAGUCUAUUAUCAGUGGAGCCAUAGAAAUUUUAACGGGUCAAGCGAAUGUUGUACUCUCCGGCGGGACUGAAGUAAUGUCGUCACUCCCGUUUUUGGUUCGCAACUUGAGAUUCGGUUCGACUUUAGGGAAAAUGUAUCACUUCGAGGACUAUAUUAAGACGCAAAUUGUCGACACUCACAUCGGGCUCUCUCUGCACCAAAUUGCGGAGAAUAUAGCCAAGAGAUAUAAUAUAAGCAGAGAAAUGGUAGAUAGGUUCGCUUUAAGCAGUCGUUUGAAAUGGAAAGCCGCUCGAGAAGCAAAAUUAUUUGAAGACGAAAUUGCACCAGUGACCGACAGCGUUAAGGAUGUUAUUAUAACAGAAGAUGAUUGUGUUGAUGAGAACAGAAAUAUUGAGGAAUAUGUUAAAGCACCGGCGUCUCUGGAUGAUGGAAAAAUUGUGACUCCAUUGAACUCGGCUGUAGCCGCAGAUGGUGCUGCAGCCCUGCUGUUAGCAAGUGAGAGAAGUAUCAUUGAGAGCAACAUAAGACCUCUAGCUCGUCUCGUGGGGAUCGCCUUCGUGGGUGUGGAUCCGGUAGAAACCGGUCUCGGAGCUGUUCUAGCGAUCAGGAAACUACUGGAAGUCAUGAAACUUGAACCUGACGAUGUAGACUUAUUUGAGAUCAACGAAACAUUCGCUUCCCAAACUCUGGCGACUAUGAAGCUCUUGAAACUACCUGAGGAUAAGGUGAAUGUGAGCGGCGGCGCGCUGGCUCUGGGACAUCCCGUGGCCGCCAGCGGAGCCCGACUGGCUGUGCACCUCGUUCAUAGGAUACGAGGUGGGAGCGCACGCCGUGUUUUGGCGGCGUCGAGCUGCGGCGGGGGACAAGGCGUCGCCGCCAUGUUUGAAUCUGUUUGAAAUUACACGUACAGAAUAAAAAAAAUAGUGCGUGGCGUCCCUCCGUACGAAGGAGAUGAAACUUCAUAAAUGCAAACAAUUCUUAUCCACUACAUUUGAUAAUAAAAUACUGCCCUACUAAAUGAUAUGUGUCUCACAUGAAACAAAAAAUAAUGAAUAUUAUAAAUAAAUUAAUACAGAACAAUAAGUACGUGAUUCAGCUAACUUCAUGACGCUCACACUGUUUACUUCGCUGCAAAGCAAAAAUACCAUGCGCCUGUGCUUGGAAUAUGCCGACCCCAUCUCUUUUUCUGUUCUACUUUCUCCAUUUGUGUAUUUUUCUUUCUCACUCCCUCAGUGUAAAACGUUUAAAUCAACCUUG